ACAUGAGAGUGGACACAAUCUUGCCACUUCAUCAAUAAUCACCACACAAAAUCUCCCUCUCUUUCUAUCUCACCCAUCAUACAUACUUCUUAAACUCCAACUUCUAGCAAUUCAAGUUUUACACCACUCACCACAACAUGGCUACUGCUGCUGCAGGCAUAGCCUCUUUGUUUUCAUCUUCCAUCAACCCUGUCAAAUCUCUCCGUUCCAAAAACUUCUCACUCGAUACAUCCUCAAACCGCAACUUCGCAUCUGUUACAUCACAUUCCUCAGUUGAACCUUUGUGCAUUGGUGCAACAAUCUCAUCACACAAGUUAUGGAUGCCUAGAAUUUCUAUUGCUGUUGCUCAGGAAGAGGCUGUUGUGGCUAUCGAUGAUGAAGAGAAGGCUGUGAUAGAGGAGGAACAAAAAGAACAAGAACAAGAAGAGAAGGAGAAUGGAGGGGAAAUUGAUGCAGAAGUAGACCGUAGAACUAAGCUUUAUUUUGGGAAUUUGCCUUACAGUGUUGAUAGUGCACAACUUGCAGGGCUAGUUGAGGAUUAUGGUAGCGCAGAACUAAUCGAGGUUCUUUACGACAGGGACACUGGAAAAAGUAGAGGCUUUGCAUUUGUGACCAUGAGUCGCGUUGAAGAUUGUAAUGAAGUAAUUAAAAAUCUUGAUAAAAAAGAGUUCAUGGGGAGAACCUUGCGGGUGAAUUUCUCGGACAAACCGAAGCCGAAAGAACCGUUGUACCCUGAAUCCGAAUACAAGCUUUUCGUUGGGAACUUGUCUUGGACAGUAACUUCUGAGAGUCUGGCAGAAGUCUUUCAACAACAUGGAACUGUGGUUGGAGCUAGGGUGUUGUAUGAUGGCGAAACGGGAAAGUCUCGUGGCUAUGGCUUUGUUUGCUAUGCCAAUAAAUCAGAAAUGGAAGCUGCCCUUACAGUCAUGAAUGAUGUGGAACUAGAUGGACGGACAUUGCGCGUAAGUUUGGCGCAAGGAAAACGAUCAUAAGGUCGAUAGAAACACAGAAAAAGCUCGCAGAUGUUGAACAAUUGUGUGCCAAAGAAAUGAGAAGAGGAUGGCCAUGUUCCUACCAUGAUGCACUUGCUUCACCUUGAUGAGAAGUUCCUUUUCAUUUCUUGUGGUGUAUAAACUAUUUCAUCCCAUUUUCAUAAGAUAUGCUGACCCAAAUGAUAUUUUAUGGUAUUAAUUUUUUAGCUAA